UGGAGUCGUGGACUCGCGUCGCGAUUUGAAUGAGCUACUUCAGUACUUGCUUGGAGAAGAAGAGCAAACGUGGAAUAUCAGUGAGUUUCUAGAAAAGUUUGUAGAUUGCAAGCAUUUGCGCUCUAGCAAUAGUACAUGGUGUGCUUUGAAUCUAGCUGAAAGCCAAGCUAUCCAUCGCAGCAGCCAUGGACACGUCGCUGACGCAGGGUAGAGCAAGGGUGUUCACGUCAGAGAAGACUAAACUGAAGCAUGUCGUUCGUGAGCUUGUGGAUCACUACUUCAUGCCUGAAGCCGACCAAGAGAUCGUCAGGGCGGUAUGUCAUAGAAGUAACUACCUGAUAGAUGUGAAGGCCACGACUGGAGAGAAGUACAUCGUCAGCAUACCGUCGAAAUUUAGAAAGAAGAUUUGGAUCCAAAGGGGCCAAUACCUUAUCGUGGAGCCUAUAGCUGAAGGCAAGAAGGUAAAGGCAGAAGUGGUUCAUGUUCUAUUUCCUGAACAUGUGCAACACUUGCAAGAGAAUUGUCUUUGGCCCAAAGUGUUUGAACCUCCAUUCAAGGGACAGUACCAGAAACGCAUUGCAGCGGUGGAUAGACACGAAGAAGCUAAACGAAAAGCCGAAGCUGAAGAAGCUGCAGCUUCAAAGCAAGCCGGGCGAGAAAUGGAAGCAUCUGCGCUUGCUGAUACUGGUGCUGGUGGUGGCUGUAAUGCAUCAUCGCCAUCUGAGUCAGAAGAGGAGCAGGACGAUUCUGAUUUGUUUGUCAAUCGCAACCGUCUCUAUAUGUAUGGUGAACCAACAGAGCAAGAAGUUGAGACAAGCGAGGAGGAGGAUGAUGAAGAAGAAGAGGAGGAGGAGGGAAGCGAUGCAGAUGAUGAAGAAGAAGAAGAGGUGGAUGUGAUGGGUGGAGAAUGUGGUGAGGCAGAAGACGAUGCUAACAAAGAAGAUACACGAUGUGAGGAACCCAACAAGGCAGCAGCCAACUGUUCUGACCUUGACGUUGAGAACAGCUGAUAUUUUGUGCAGCUCCAAGUAAUGUUGUUACUAACACUUGUUUCGUGGGUGGAAUUGAGACCCAGAACACGUGUACUGAGUGUGGACAGUGACCUGACUUGAACUGACCACUGCACUAGUAUGGGACACCAAUCAUCACUGUCACCGGCGACACUCACCACUGCGCAGGUGGUGCACAGGAUGCAAGGUAUGACAGUUCAUGUGCUCUGUUGCUGUGUGAUUCUUUGAUGCUGAAUAUUCAGCAGCUAGUUUCUGAUACCACUCUGAUCUCCUACUGUUGACCUGAUCCUUGAUGGAGCACAGUCAGUGGCGCUGAUCUAUUCUGUUGAGUUAUAACAUUUACUUAUACUGUCACUGUGUGACCACCUUACGCUACGGCAGCUUGAUGCGCUGCAUGUCUUUUUGCUGCUAUUCUGCUGCUUCUAUAUGGCUGAUGCUAGCAGCCAAUCUCCGUGCUGAAUGCUGCAAAACGCGCUGUUUCAAAGCUGGCUUUGAAACAGUGGAUUGACCUUCUUUUUCUUUCCUUUUUUAACUGAUGUGUUGAUACUCGCAAACCACACCGUACCAUAUACUUCCCUCUCUCCAGUAUGUUUCCUGCACAGUCUGUGGACUAUAGCUGCACCUAGUACCCUGCCCGGGCGGCACUUCUGUGAGGACAUUCGCAUUUGUAAUAGGGUUUUUUUCUUCAUUUAAAGACGGCAGCAACGAAUUACAGCUAGCAUUACCUGUACACACAGUGCCUUGAUAUUCAUAAUAACGCUCUCAGUCUGUACCUUCCUCACCAUAACGCCCUGUAAUGGGCAAUUCCACGCUGUACAUAACAUUGGACUCGUGAUUAGUUGUGACACAUGCAGUCUCAUGAA